CUUCCGCCAAUUUCGAAAACUUGACUUUCUCUCGUUAUAUUCCCAACAUAUUAGUUUCACAGAUUCUGUUAAAUUGUUUGUGUUUAAUAAUGUUCUCCGCAUCAGCAGAUUUACAUGAACCAAUGUUAGCAUCCCCUAGCAGUCCUGGAACCCACCAAUAUCUGCCAGGAUACCUAUUGGGAGACAGUGUUCAACAUGGAAUAUCGCCAGCUGGUCCGAGACUUUGGUCCACAGGGGGUCACAGUCCCCAGAAGAACCCUUCAUUCACCUCACCCCCUGGGGGAGCCGCAUCAGGGACCCCCAGAGAUUUAUCCAGAACAAAAGACAAGGGUGGUGCUCCUCCUGUCAAAAGUUUAUUCCUGAGCCCUGGAGCAGACGUCAGUUAUUCAACCCCCGGCAGUCAGUCUUUUACAUCCCAGGUGCCAUCUAGAACCACGGCCACACCCGCUUCCCGGGGCGUGUCACCUGGACCACCUACCUCAGGUUUAUUUCCUGGUGCUACAACACCCAGACCUGCCGGGGAAAGUUUCAUCGUUCCUCCCUCCAAAAUCCCUACAUCCCCUGCACAGAUGGACCCAUUCUACACACAAGGGGAUAGCCUGAAGGCAGAGGACAUUCUUGAUGAAACAUGGGUCACAGUUUUUGGGUUCCCGCCUGCUGCCACGUCUUUCAUUGUACAGCAGUUCUCACAGUAUGGCAAUAUCAUGAAGCAUGUGUCCUCCAUGGAAGGAAACUGGAUGCACAUUCACUACCAGUCCAAGAUACAGGCCAAGAAGGCUCUCAGUAAAAACGGCAAGGUGUUCGGCAACAGCAUGAUGGUGGGAGUACUGCCCUGCAUAGACAAGAGUGUAAUGGAUGACAACAAGGAGAAUGAUGACACAAUGGCCACACCCACCCUGAACAUGUCCCGACUGGCGGACACAAGCACCUCCUCCAAACACACCCCUAUCAGGCCCCUCACUUCCGCCUACCAGGCAUCUCGGACAGACUAUGAGGUUUUAAAAGGAAACCAGCUACCACAAAAAGAUAACAGUUUUAUUUCCAAGGUCAAGGAGUACAUGUUGGGAUGGUAGUUGUCAUCUGGGAGACAAACAAUGUUUUCCUGUAAACUACUUGGGACAGAUGGUGCAAAAUGAUGCUUUGUGGUCAACUUUUAGUGAGCUGCACUUUACAAAGUGUUCCAGACAAAGUUAUGAGGACCACAAAUAUUGAAUUUAAGAGAAUGGAAAAUCUUUUAGAAAGCUGUUUGUGAUAAUAUGGACCGGUAAUCUUCAAGAGAAAAAGCAGAGUUGCCGAUAACCGAGAUUUCAAGAUUGGACGUUCAAGAUGUCAAGAGCCGAAGAAUAGAGAAC